AUGGCUUCACGGCAAGAGACCAUGCUCAAACUUCGAAGGCGAUUACCAGUUAGAACUUCCCUCAUUCCCGGAGUGUGCAUCUUUCUCGGCUGGACAGCUGCUUUCCAUCAUCCCCCAAAUCAAAUUCAGCUACAAUCUACCUGCGAUCCAUUGCCGUUCACUGAAGAAACAUGGCAAAAAUUGGACUUAGACAAGUACAUCUCGGAAUACCCCGGUGGUCAAAAUCUAACAGUAAAUGACUACGCCACCAACGUGGGCGCUAAAAAUUUUCAUUGUGGAAUAUCGGAGUGGUGCAAUGCAGGCCAGAUGUGCCAUCCAGUCAAGGGUUUGGAUUGGUAUGUUUUGUUUGCAAUUCAGGAGUGGACCGAGAGAAUGAAUAAUCUGCAUACGACCAUCGGUUUCACCAUGUCUCUAGUCCAAGCCAACCUCCUAAGCAUAGUUUCGGCAUUGUUCCCUCAACCUGACAACCUACGGAUCUUUUCUCAAAAAACUCAUUUCGCCAUGGGUGCCGCACUUGCAAGCUUGGUGGUCACCAUCCUACCUUUAGUGAUGAGCAUAGCUGGAUGGGUUUCGAUCGCUGCGACUUGGAUCGCAGGUCUAGUUUUGAUUCCAUCCACGAUUGCUAACGUCGUUUCGCUUACUACACGAUACAAGGAUGCUCCAAAGGAUUCCUUCAGCUUGGGCUCCGAAGUGAAUUAUCAAAUCACUAAUUACCAACAGCAAGUGCAGGAGGCUCUCAGAAAUCAAACUCACUCACUGCUUCACGCCGGUAUUAGUUCCCCUGAGGGUAUGGCUGGAGCCCUAUCUGGAGGGUCUUAUCUUGACCCCAGGCAAUUCCGCAGUGUUGAGCAAAUUGCAAAUGAACUUCAAAACAUCACUGUGGGAGCGUCAUUAGCUCACAUCCUAAAAUCUAUGAAUGCGUUUGUGACGAUUGGAAGCGACCCUUGCAGUGGUGGUGGAAAGAACGGUGCAUGGUCCGGUGAUAACGUCUUGUCUUACUGUAACUCGAACGGCACCAUGUUCAAUAUUGUCACAGUCUCGCCACGAAAUUCGCAAGUGAAAAAUCACAUCCCGAAUGCCGGGGUUUUAUCAAGCAAAUUCGGGAUCACUGCCGAGUAUUUGACAUCUUCCGCGAUUGAAUGCCAGAAGACGCGGAAGGAAAUAGGGAUCACACACGCCAACAGCAACUUGAGCGCGGUUGAAAACAAUGGCGCUCAAAAGUGUAUCAUCGACUUACCUGUCUGUGACUGUAGAAGCCCGGAGUUCAAGAAGAGAAAAACCCACGUUGGAACAGUCAAGGCAUGUCGGGAAGCUGGGGUGCCUAUUUGA